CCAAAACAUGCCAAGGAUGUCAACCAGGUCAAGUAUCAGUGGAAAGAGCAGUAGAUGGAAACUGGAUAAUAGACAAUACAACUAUUUGUAAAACAUGUGCCCCAUACACCCAUCUUAGUGAAGAAGGAGACAGAUGUGUGCGAUGUAAUAAUAUAUUAGGUAUUCGACCAGAUUUAUCAGAUUGUCAAUGUACUGGAGAUGAAGCAGCUGGUGGAUUUUGCUUUAAAACUGAUGAUGAUUUGGUAACAGAAAAUAAUCAGCUGUAUACAAUACCAUUAGAGGAAUCAUCAGUAGAAUCUUAUUUCUUCAAACAGAAUAUACGAUCUAGUGAGAUCUUAUGCAAGAAUUAUGAUAAUAUGACAGCAUGUCAAGUAUUGGUGAAUAUGUGUUCUCUAUUACUAUAUGAUCUUGGUUCUAGUAGAACUGGUAGUUCCCAGGCCUGUACAUUACUUAAUGAUAUUUCAGAUAUCAAUCCAUUCAAGAAAAAUGUCUAUUUAACACAAGAAGAUGCUGAAGAUUUAAUUUAUGUUAAUGAUAUUCCCACCAGCUUCACAUUCUCACCAUUAAUGUCUCUAGAAUUUGUAGCAGGGGAAUUCAAUAUAAAUGGACAGUUCCUGGGUUUUAAGGAAGUAACUGGAGGUCUUCUACAGAUCUGUGAUCAUCCUGAAAAUGUCUUAGAUGCUGCUUUUGUAUUUGGUACUGUGUAUUCCAGAUCAUGUGAUUUGAAAGCAUUGAAGCUGUGGGAUAAGAUAAAAUAUCCAACAUUAUUUUAUGAUUUAUAUAUGAAAUAUAGAGAGAACUCGGCAGAUCAGCUACAUACAAUACCUAUUAAUGUAUUAAAUUAUAGAGAUAAUAGAGGAAAUCAAGUCAAUAGAGGUGGAAUGAAUAGCUGGAGAAUUGUUAAGAGGUUUUUCUUAGUUGAUAAUGAAGCUGGUAAGGAUAAUGAUGAUUUGUUUUUUAAAGGUGAAGGUCAAACAGCUACAGUUGUAAGAUAUGCCAAGUCAAUAAAAUUAACAAUAGAACUACAGAGUGAAACUAAGGAAGGUAAAAUCUAUAUGCCAUAUUUUACUAUAGAAUAUGGUGAAGUCAGUAGAGCAGAUGCUGAGGAAGGAGCGAAAAUAUCAUUCAGUGUGUCUUACAGUAUGAGUCAGAGUGAUUUUUAUAAAGAUUUUCAAAUAGCUACUGGUGUAGUAUGUUCUCUUGGUUUUCUAUAUGGUGUUUAUAGAACCUGGGUAUGGUCAAGGCGUGCUGGUAGAGUGAACAUUGAUUUUGCCACUUUGAUGAAUUUCUUAUUUUUCCUCUCUGGAUCAUUGUCAAACUGCUUCUUUGCUGUGACUUUUGGUAUUUCUUUCUACUGGCUGGUGUUUUUCAAGGGUCAAGAUGCUGCAUUUCUGGUUCAUCCAUCAGGGAAAGGUCUAGAAGAGUGGACGAUUCUAUUCAUUGUAGCUUUUGUCAUGAAGUUUCUCAACGUUAUUCAUAUCAUUGUCAUGCAAUGUAUAAUUGACAUUUUCUUUAUUGAUUGGGAACGUCCUAUUGCUAGAGCUAUCAAUAACCAAUCACAAGAUAAACGUUCCAGACAGGAAAUGCCAGUUUCAAUAUGGCGGACAUAUUUUGUUGCUAAUGAAUGGAAUGAACUUCAAGGAAUCCGUAAGCUAAAUAAGAUAUUCCAGGUUUUUGCUGUGUUGUUUUUUCUGAAAGUUGUUGGAUUUGAGAAUGUUACAACUAUGGAUCCUGAUGGUAGUGUAUCCAAAUCAGAUGAUGUUUAUAAAAGUGAAAUGAGCUAUGUAUUUAGAUAUGCUAUAGCUUCCCUGAUAUAUAUUCUAGUAGCUAUUGUACAGUAUAUAUUCUUUUCGUUUAUAUAUGAGAGAUUUGUAGAAGAUAAAGUACAGCAGUUUGUUGAUCUAUGUUCUAUGAGUAAUAUCAGUGUAUUUAUAAUGUCCAAUGCUAGAUUUGGUUAUUAUAUACAUGGUAGAUCUGUACAUGGGAGGUCUGAUACUAAUAUGAGAGAGAUGUAUGAUAUGAUGAAGAAAGAGGAGGAAGAUAUGUGUGGUAAAAGAGGACUAGAACCUGAUUCUGAUGAACAAACAUUUCAAAUGUCAGUACCUUUAAAACUACGAGCUAAAUAUGAUCAAAUAUACCUACCAAUUGCUUUAGAGAGAACUACAGCUGUUGGUAGAAUGGAACAGGGAAAGGGAAGAACAUCUUCAUCUUUCGAGAAAAGUAUAGAAUCUUAUUCUGUUCUGAAUAAAUUUCUUGGUGCCUUCAUUGAUCAUUCGUUUAAAGAUUUGGAUUAUAAAAUCAUAAAGAAAUCAUUGAUAGAAAAUAUAUUAGAUACAGAAAUACAUGAAACAUAUGAUACUGGAGUCUUAUAUAAUGAUAAUGGUCAUUCAUUUGAUCAAGUAUUAUUCUAUGGUAAUGAAUUAACGUUGAUAUUAUUUGAUAUUUUAAUGUUCUGUAUGGUGGACUAUGCAGCACAGGAUUUUGUUUUAGCAGGAGUUCUGACUUAUUUAGUCUCCGAGCUUAUAACAAUGGCACGUACAAUUGGUGGAAAGAAGAAUUUGGCCAGUAAAACUUUAGUUGAUGAUAGAUUCUUAAUUUAAUUAUCAAUCGAACAGGUUUUAAAUUAACUCCAAUACAGACUACAGAGAUUUUAGAUGACAGAAGUGUAUAUCAUAGUGAAAUAAUAGUAGUGCUUUUAAUGCGAAUGAUAUGAGAAGUGGCCAUAACUGUUAAAUGUGUUACCUUAUUUUAUUCUCAAAAUCAUGUUUGAUUUCACUUUUUAACUUUUAAAAUGAAAUCUUUUAGUUUCAAUUCAAAUCAGGACCAUAACUUUCAUUUCCAUCAGAACUUGUAAAUUGAUGUUAUAUAUAAUGUAUAUAAUCUGUACUGUAAAUAACAAUUUUAAUUAUAGUUUUAUUAUAUCAUGUUAUAUUAUUGUUGAUUGUCCAGUCUAAUUAAAGUAAGACCAAAAUUUUGUUCCCUUUUUUAUUAGCUAGGGUAUUACGAACGGGCCUCUUGAACAUUCGUCGAAAUAACUUUAUGAACUGACCUGAUGACCCCCACCAAUCAAAUUUCACUCCAGCGCUUGGAUUUUGUGAGAGAAUGGGUAUAUUAAAAAUACAAGUUAAUAAAAAAAGAGAACAAAAAUUUGGUCUAAGUUUAAUUGGUGUAUCAUCAUUUAUAUGUAUAUUUUUUUAAAUGUUUUGUUUUUUUUUUAUCUUGAUUCUGUAAUAUUAAAUGAAUCUCUCUGUACCAUACUUAAAAACCUAGGAAUAAUAUAUAUAUAUAUAAAUACAGCCUGUCUACUAGACACCUAGUGUAUAUGGAUGCAUAAAUAAUCUAUCUAGGAGUAAGAAUGCAUAUCAAAUAAUUCAGACACGCACAAUUUAUCCGUCCAAGAUAUAUCAUAAAUCACAAGUUUCUUUUUUGUACGCCAUGAACUCAAUUAGUAUGAAUUCCAUUUUCGACUAUAAAUAUUUAUUUUUGUUACAAUAAUUAUUUAACUGUCAAUAAAUGACAUUUUUACUGAGU